AUGACUCGUAGGUCUCGCAGGGUGGCCUAUGUAGCCAAGGCUUGUGUGUCCUGUGCUCGAUCCAAACAACGUUGUGACGGUCAUUCACCAUGUGGAAGGUGUUCUCUCAAGAACCUUGACUGUGUGUAUCGCCAUUUGCUGCAGAAGGGACAGAACUCAACCCGUGGUGCCAGCCCCCAGUCCCCUUCCGCUAGCAGAGAGAGCCAUUCACAUAACACUUUACCCGUGGUCCAGAGCCAGCCCCGCCCUUUACCACUUAACUCAGCACCGAGUGUUCACAGUCCCGCGUCUGAAGCGAUCGGUGAGCCUCCUUCUUUAUCAACAGACGUCGGCAACAAUUUUGUAGAGAUGAAUUUGGCUUCAGGGCAGGAAACCUUUCCUGAUGGAGUCUCCACCAACAAUCUUACAUUUAAGAUUGGAGAAUUGGACUUGCAAGGCUGGGCGUCGCUGGGUAUCGAUGUUCCCUGGAACAGUUCCAUGCACUCCAUGCUCGACAACCCCUUAUUCGAACUACCUCACCCCAUGGCAUUCUUUUUCCAGAGUCCAAGCGAGCUACUCGGCCAAUCAGACGUCCAGGCAAUACCGUGCCCUAUGGACAGUGAGCCCAUGGUCCAUCAACUCGAAUGCGAAACCCCGACCCCCAACUUUACUCAGUCCUUGGACAUUUCAAGUUCUCAAGGCCAAAGCAACCAGACAUCGCCCGAAACCACUUCGUAUUCCUCUGUUAGAGAUGAUGCCGAGCUUGAGCCAUGGAGGGCAGAAGACUACGGGCAUGUGCCCGAUAUUAAUGAUGAAGCUUAUCAAGUCAUGGUUUCCAACUUUGAACAACUCAAUAGCGACAAUGCAUAUUGCAUCCCAUUCACAGACAAACAUUUGCCAUCUCUGCAGCAUAUGCAGAUCUAUAUGCAAGUUUACUUUGAAGAGUAUCACCCUGUUUUCCCUCUACUCCAUAAGGCGACAUUCUCACCUAACAAGGACGACUGGCUAUUGAGCCUUGCCGUUUCAUCGAUUGGGUGCCUGUUUUCGAAAACCUUGCGGUCAAAAGAAGUCUUUCCAAUUAUGCAGGAAUUUCUACGCCGAGCUAUUCGAAUCCAGCUGGAGCGAAGUCAGACCUCAACACCCAGUAUCAGUGUUGCUCAGGCUUCUGUCCUGAACCAGAUCGGCAUGAUGUACGGCGGGGACCUAAGAUUCGCAGAAUGUGCUCAUGAGACAAUGGCGCAACUUACAACCCAAUGCCGAAAGAUUGCUUCAUCCUCACACAACUUAGCAAAGUCAUCAGUCGCUGAAAACACGGUAUCUCAAGGCUGGAAAGCAUGGAUCAGGGCCCAAUUAGAAAUUCGAUUGUUUUAUUGCGCGUGGCUUGUAGAUAGCCAGCAAGUUGGCUUCUUCGCCUUUUCAUCAACGAUUCCAAUUGACUUUCUCCAGUUUCCCAUGCCGGUUAAUGAAUAUGUCUGGGGUAUGUCUACUGACGAGAUGUGGCAGAAUAGUCUCGCAGACGGUAUGCCCUUGCUCCUCAACCUCUACCGUUAUCGUGAGGUCCCUAGCCAGCUUGAUGCGUUUAACUCGCUUCUUCUGGUCAUGGGUAUUCUAAAUGAUUUGUCUUGGCUUCGCCAUGCUCAUUUAUAUUUGGACAUUUUGCAGCGACAUGUCGCGAAUUUGCCACCGACAGCACUUACUCGAGCUGUCAUGACUAGCAUUCACAUGGUUUCUCUCUUAAUAUACUUCCCGACUAGAGAGGUUAUCGCUUUCGGACGUUGGCGGGUCACUGAAGCCCAACAUUCAGUAGUUAUUGAGAAACUUAAGAGAUGGAUUUCCCAUACCGGCAGUGCACGAGAGGCUCUGGUCCAUGCGUGCAGCAUUUGGUCCCAGAUUCGCUCGAGCCGCACCAAUGCCCAUCAUGAGGCGCCAGCCUUGUUACAUAGCGCUAUCUCUAUCUGGGCUUUGAUCGAGCAUAGUGAGGAAGUUGUUGGAAAUACAGAUGGACUUCCGAUUCUUCGACUGGACAGUCCGAAUCAAGACGUCAGGUCUUGGGUUGCCGGGAACGAGAAGAAACGCCUGUACUUGAGUGGAGUUGGGCUUCUGGGGCAUCGAGGUGCCUUGGCCAGGCUGAUAAGUGAGACUGCGAGAUUGCUGGCGGUAGAUAUUGCCUGGCCUCAAGCUUGGAGAACAGGACCAUAUUUGAAACAGUCUUAUGCCGAGUCACAGAGGAUUCAAUAG